GGACCGUAAAGAAAAAGAAAGAUUUAGUAAAGACUAUGUCGUUGUUUGCUAAAUGCUAAAACCCUCGCAAAUCCCCUAUUUUUGCAAGUCCAAAGUCAGUCUGCAGAAGCUUUGAGAAAUGGGAACAUCUGUGCGAAUAACUCCAUUGUGUGGAGUUUUCAAUGAUAACCCACUUUCUUACUUGGUUUCCAUUGAUGGCUUUAAUCUCCUCAUUGAUUGCGGUUGGAAUGACCAUUUUGAUCCUUCUCUUCUUCAACCACUCUCCAGGGUAGCUUCUACUGUUGAUGCUGUUCUUUUGUCGUAUCCUGAUACAAUGCAUCUCGGUGCGUUGCCAUAUGCCAUGAAACAGUUUGGUCUCUCUGCUCCAGUUUAUGCAACAGAGCCUGUCUACAGACUAGGCCUCUUGACUAUGUAUGAUCACUAUCUUUCACGCAAGCAAGUGUCAGAGUUUGACUUGUUUACGCUUGAUGACAUUGAUGCUGCUUUCCAAAAUGUGACCCGACUGACUUACUCCCAGAAUUUUCAUUUGUCUGAAAAAGGUGAAGGGAUUGUAAUUGCUCCACAUGUGUCUGGGCAUCUACUUGGAGGUACUGUAUGGAAGAUAACCAAAGAUGGUGAGGAUGUCAUAUAUGCUGUAGACUUCAAUCAUCGCAAGGAAAGGCAUUUGAAUGGAACAGCUCUCGAAUCAUUUGUUCGCCCUGCGGUACUAAUAACAGAUGCUUACAAUGCAUUGAACAAUCAACCUCCAAGACGACAAAGAGAUCAUGAAUUUUUAGAGGCUAUAACGAAGACACUCAGAGGUGAUGGAAAGGUAUUACUUCCGGUCGACACAGCAGGGCGAGUACUAGAACUUAUUUUGAUAUUAGAACAGCACUGGGCCCAGCAUCAUUUGAGCUAUCCUAUCUUCUUUCUGACGUAUGUAUCCUCAAGUACAAUCGAUUAUGUGAAAAGUUUCUUGGAGUGGAUGAAUGAUUCAAUAGCGAAGUCCUUCGAACACACACGUGAUAAUGCUUUUCUUCUGAGGCAUGUAACACUUUUGAUCAGUAAGACUGAACUGGAAAAAGUACCUGAAGGUCCAAAGAUUGUUCUAGCAUCCAUGGCCAGUCUUGAAGCAGGUUUCUCUCAUGACAUAUUUGCCGAGUGGGCUACUGAUCACAAGAAUCUUGUUCUUUUCACAGAAAGAGGGCAGUACGCCACAUUAGCUCGGAUGUUGCAGGCUGAUCCACCUCCAAAAGCUGUUAAAAUCACGUUAUCAAAAAGAGUGCCACUGGUAGGAGAGGAGUUAGCGGCAUAUGAAGAGGAGCAAAACCGAAAAAAGGAAGAAGCUUUGAAAGCUAGUCAAAUCAAAGAGGAAGAAGUGAAGGUUGCACAUGUGUCUGAUCCCAAUAUGGGUGAUCCAAUGGCAAUUGAUUCUCGUGAAACUCAUGCUUCAGAUGCAGGUGGCACGAUUAUUGGUGGUCAUAAAGACAUUUUGAUAGAUGGAUUUGUUUCACCUUUAACUAGUGUAGCCCCAAUGUUUCCCUUCUUUGAUAAUUCAGCUGCUUGGGAUGAUUUUGGUGAAGUCAUCAACCCUGAUGAUUAUAUGAUGAACGAAGAAAAUAUGGAGCUAUCCUUGCAGGGCGGUGGAGACCUCAAUGGAAAACUUGAUGAGGGCUCUGCGAGCUUAAUGCUUGAUACAACACCUUCCAAAGUUGUAUCCACUGAAUCAACAAUACAAGUAAAAUGUUCAUUGAUCUACAAGGAUUUUGAGGGCCGCUCUGAUGGGCGAUCGAUUAAGUCUAUUCUUUCUCAUGUGGCUCCUUUAAAGCUUGUUUUGGUGCAUGGAUCAGCAGAGGCUACUGAGCACUUGAAACAACAUUGCUCUAAGCAUGUUUGUCCACAUGUUUAUGCACCUCAAAUUGGAGAAACAAUUGAUGUCACCUCAGACGUAUUUGCUUACAAGGUGCAACUUUCUGAAAACUUGAUGAGCAACGUUCUGUUCAAGAAGCUUGGAGAUUAUGAAAUCGCUUGGGUUGAUGCCGAAGUUGGGAAAACUGAAGGUGGCCAACUUUCUUUGCUGCCGCCCUCAACUCCGGCCCCAUCUCAUAAGUCAGUUCUAGUUGGUGACAUUAAAAUGUCGGAUUUCAAGCAGUUUCUAGCUAGCAAAGGCAUCCAGGCGGAAUUUUCCGGAGGGGCCUUGCGAUGCGGAGAGUAUGUUACCUUGCGUAAAGUUGCAGACCCGACUCAAAAGAGUGGUGUAGCAGGAAGUCAGCAAAUUGUUAUCGAAGGCCCUUUAUCGGAGGAAUACUAUAAAAUUAGGGAUUUUCUUUAUUCGCAAUUCUAUUUACUCUAAGUUUGCCCAAAUGCAAUCAUGUACUAAUUGUAGUCCGUACCUGAAAAUUAAUGUAAUUCUAUUUCCCGAAUUG